AUGAGCCAGCUGCUCUCACGACGUCCUUUCAGUCCAGAGGAGAAACUCGUGAAAGCCGUUGAGCUUGCUGCCGAAUUCGGAGACUUGCAAGAAUCCAAAGUAGCUGGAAGAAGUCUAGGAUUCAUGGUCUAUUACAAUCUCGAUUUAAUUUUCAUUUUAGCAGCAACAUUUGCAGCAAUUAUAGUUGUUGUAGCAUAUGUUAUUUUACGGGUUCUCAGCAAAUUUUUCGUACCAGUAAAAGGUAAACUCGAAUGA